UUCACAUCUGUUGUGUAAAUUCUGAUCUCAUGACAACGUGGAACUUUUUUUGUUGGUUUGGAUGAUUAAUCGUUUCGAACUCGAAAAGUUUCGUCCUAGUUAAGGUUUAGUUCAAGUUCUCGUACGAAGGACGAAGGAAUAUGAAAUCAUACGUAAACCUGAAGGGCAUCAGACAACUAAUGUGAUGUAGAAGAAGAAAGCAAUAACCAUCUAUAUUGAUGACAAUCAAAGUUUGUUUCCAAAAAUUUCGCUUAAUUAACCGAGUGAUAUAUUUGAUACUAUAGAAAUAUGAAAAAUAACGAUGAAACUAUAUUGGAAAUACUCCAAGGACACAAGACCAGCAAGUGGCCCUCUCCUAAGAGCGUCAAAAUAUUUAUUGCCAGCACAAAAUAUGAUUUCAUUGAAGAACGUCGAGUACUGUUGGAGUAUGUUGGACCUGAACUGCAGAACUACUUGGAACAACAUGAAUUAGAGGUAGAACUCAUUGACAUGCACUUCCGGGCUGAUGAAAAAGAACAGUACGACCCCUUCCUUUUCGAGGAUCACUUGAAUGAAAUCAGAUCUUGCCACAAAACAUCGAGAGGAUAUUUUUUUAUGAGUUUGAUAGGAGAUCGCUAUGGUCCAUUCUUACCGCCCUUAACGAUAGAUAGCGAUACAUUCUCAAGUAUAUUGAGCAAAGCUGAGCAAUUGGGCAUAAAUACAGAAGAAUUUUCAAAAUGGUAUCAGGCAGAAAACGAUGUAUACUCUCUGGUAGACUUCAGGGAAUGCGAAGACUGGAAAUUCAUAUCUAUCAAUAUUUUCAAUAUAUUUUUUCAAUGUAUAUCGAAUCUGGAGGAUGACAAAAGAAAAAAGUAUUCCGAGUAUAUGAAGUCAAACUUGGAAAGACAAUUCAAUUACGCUAUAGGAAUUGCUCCUGGCACUGCUCACAGUGUUCUCAACAUAAUAAGAAACUGGGACGGCAAAAACGAUAACAUCGAAUCCAUUUACGAAAAAGUUCCCUUGGAAUAUUAUGUAGAGAAAUUAGAUGAGUUUUGCCAUAGGACUACUUCUCUUAUUCCAGAAGAAAAUAAUUUUAGUUUUACUGUGCCUUGGAAACCUGGAGGACUUGAUCCGGAAGCUGAAGUGCACAAACCUUACCUAUCGAAAUUCAAGAGUCAGAUUCUGAACCAUUUGAAACAAGUUAUAAGUAACAAUCUAGAGGAACAUCCUGAACUGAAAUCACGAAAAAAAAUUGUGCAGGAAAACUUCGAGGAAAACAUCACGCAUCUCACACUUUGUUAUAGUGAAAUAAAAAAAGACUUCGCAGAUUCCAACGAUUUGAACAGGGUAAGACAAGUUAUUGCGACUACGAAUUCUCGUAUAUCUCCGAUUAUAAUAUACGGCAACCAAGGUUCGGGAAAGACAUCAUUUCUGCAAACAAUUUUUCGUGAGAUAGAUAAUUGGUCAUCAUGCAGAAUUUUCAAGAUCGUCAGGUUUGCCUCAACUACACCGCAAAGUUCCUACAAUUUGGAACUGCUUCGUCUUGUAUGUCAACAGAUUUGUAUAGCGCUUAAGUUGCCUGAAGGUUUUUUACCGAAGGACGCGUCGUUUGAUCCUCUCUACGUUAAUAAAUGGUUCCAAAGUUUGCUACGAAACUUUGAGGAGUCAGAUCAGGCUCUUGCAAUAUUCAUCGACGAUAUACACUUGCUUAAUACUCUUGAUUUCGAUGUAGUCUCUGGACUCAGUUGGCUACCUUUGACAUUACCGAAAAAAGUUUUCAUCUUUUGCACUUCCGGUUUGAAGAUAGAUGACCUUAAACUGACCGCCCAGCAGAAGGAAAAAUUCAGAAAUACGGAUUCGUAUAUUGAACUUCCUGAAAAUCCUCCUAUAAGUGAUUACGUGUUACAAAAAUUUUGUGAUUUAGAAAAAGCCUUCAAGCAAGCAGCAAUAAGGAAACUAUUUUUACUCUUAUCUUGUACUCAAUAUGGAUUAACUGAACUAGAAUUAUUGGAAAUUCUUAUGCCUACAAGCAAUAACGACGUGAUAAACCCUGAAAAUGCUGAAUUCAACUUUUCAACACUUUCUUCGGUACUGAGGAAGCUUGGUGACCUUAAGAGGGAAAAAGUGAUCAAAGGGAAAUUAUUAAUCGACUGGAGACAUAAUGUGAUAAAGGAACUUGUCGUAAAGCACUACCAACUUUCCCAGGAUAAUCUAAAGUCCACACACACCGAACUGGCCGAUUUCUACUUCGAUGAAUUCUGUGACAAAGAUGACGAAUCCGAAGAAGAUGACGCUCCAGCGCCUUUACUUUCCGAAAUGAGAGAAACUCCUUUCAAAUCAACUUUAUACAGUGAUGUAAUAUACAGCCGAAGACAUAUUGAAGAAUUCUGGAUACAUUUGUUGAAAACCGGUGAUACGGUCAAAUUGAAGACACUCUGUAUGUGCAACUAUGAUUUUCUGUUAGCUGCACUACAAACAUUCUCGGUCAGUUAUCUCAGAUGCAUUCUAAAACACGUUAGAUGUUACUUAUUGGACAGAGAAAUAGAACUUGUGUAUUACGCCAUCAAAAUGUCUACCGAUAUCUUAACAAGGGACACUUACCAGUUAGGUACUCAGUUAAUAGCUUGGUUAAGACCUGUGAACGAGAAAGAUGGAGGUAUAAUCAGUAGCCUAGUAACAUCGGCGAUGGCUUGGUGUGAUGGUUUCACACUUCCUUUGGUCGUUCCAAUGACAGACUGGUUAAAACCACCUUUACCAGAUCAGUCCAAAGUGAUGCACAUACAGAAUGUGCGCUUGGUAGAAAUUUCACCAUCAGGUCAACACAUAGUAUGUGUAACAGAUGCAGAUCCUCAACUAUGGCAUAUCAUGACCAGUCAAAUGAUUCAUACUUUCAAAGGCCAUAACGGUACCAUCAAUUGCAUGGCUAUAUGCAAACAAUCUCAAUAUUUAUUGACAGGUUCUGAAGAUCUCAACAUUAUAGUGUGGGAUUUGAGAACGUUAACCCUCAAGCAAAGGAUAGUGGAGCAUAUAGCUCCAGUACUUUGCAUCACCAGCGCUUUAGCUAAUACUAUUAUUGUAAGUGGAGGUGAAGACAGCAGUAUUAUAAUUAGUUCAAUGAGUACCGCUAAAGUUUUGAUGAAGAUAGAUCACCACAGAGGGCCUGUUAAGUCAGUCAAGACAACAUCAACCGGUGAUGUACUUCUAUCGGCCAGUGAAGACUUCAAAGUCUGUCUCUGGUCAUUAGAAACGUAUUCUCUGUUGAACACUAUUACAUUCAGCUACCCGAUAAAAACGAUAGAUGUCUCGGCAGACUCCGUAUUUUUGCUAGCCCUGUGCAAAGAUAAUAAUCUGUACUUGCGCACAUCAGCGACAGGUACAAAGUUACAUACAUUGUCGGAACACAGGUCAAAGGUCACAUCUAUUUGUCUCACACAAGACAGCAGUAAGGCUGUUGUUGGUUGCGUAGACAGUAAACUAUAUAUUUACAACGUUCACAGUGGUAAAGUAGAAAGAACAUUAUGUGAUUCAAAUGGAGAAGUCACAUCCAUCCGCCUAACAGAGAAAGAUGAUUUUCUUCUGAAAGGAGGAGCCAAUAGAAUCGUGGUCUACCCUUUUAGAGGAAAUGACAAUGAGAAUACGAAACAGUUCUUUAAACCCAAGAAGAAGAGUCAACAUCUCCAUAUGCAUACUGGUUUCUUAACUUGUAUUGACGUUUCUCGAGAUGGCACACUGGCUGCAAGUGGCGGUACAGACAAUUUGGUUAAUGUCUGGCAGCUCAACAACCAAGAACUCACGUUUACCCUAACUGGACAUACAGGGACGGUAUCCACAAUCAAUUUUGCUCCGAAUGGCACCUUCGUAUGCUCAGGCUCUGAAGAUAAAACGCUGAAAAUUUGGUCUUUAUCAGCUGGAAACUUGUUGAAUACGUUCUCGGGUCACCAAUGUCCAGUUUCCAGUGUUUAUAUUUAUAUGGAUUCGACUAGAGUUAUCUCCAGUGACAAAAAUGAUAAUAUUUUCUUAUGGAAUGCCGAUAAUGGUAAUAUUUUGAAUUCGUACCAGGGGCCUAACAAAUGUAUCAAAGUUACUAACACCAUGAAGUACAAUGUUGCUUCUAACGGAGAUACCACCCUAAAAAUCUGGGCUACAAGUGGAGAUGAAAAAUAUGUGGUCAAUCACUCUAAAGAAGUGACAUGCUUUAUUCUGACGAUGGAUUCGCAGUUUGUAAUAACAGGAUCCAAAGAUAUGUCGCUGAAAGUGUGGCAAGUCUCUGGUGGCAAACUAUCACAAGUCCUAAUGGGUCAUACAGCAGCUGUUUCUUGCGUGGCAGUUUCAGUGGCAGACAAAACGCAAAUCAUUUCCGGUUCCUUCGAUAACAAUCUGAUAGUUUGGGACAUAAAUACUGGAGCAGAUCUUCAUACUCUAUCAGCUCAUCUAAGUUAUAUUACUUGCGUCAAACUCUCUGGUGACGGUACUUUGGCUAUAUCAGGGUCUGAUGACAAGAGCAUUAUAAUAUGGGAUGCAAAGAAAGGACUACAGCUUACAUCUUUGCAGCUACACUUCUCAGUUGUUUGCAUAGAGCCGAACAUGGAUUUCUCUAGAAUUGGCGUCCUUCUCAAAGAUACAAAAUAUAUGCCAAUAAUCUGUCUACAUAAUACAACUGCUAAAUUCGUGAAACUUCCUACUUAUGCCUCCAAUGAAAAGAAUGUUAUGGAUAAUGCUAAACCUUCGACUAAACGUCAAAUGAAACGAUUGCUGAAGAAGGAGGUAUCUUUGGAUACUUACACAUGGCAGAAAAAAUACGCGCAUCUUACCUCAAAUCUGGUCAUACCUGCUGUGGAUGAGAAAUUCAAAAGACGAUUUUCUAUUUCUGCCAGUAUGGAAGAAAUAUCGAAGCUUCCGCAAAAUCAAGAAACGAAAAAGGGAGUUCUCACAAAACAAGCUUCUCUUGCUCAAUCUCAACACUUUGAUCAGCUGGAGGCUCUGUGGAAUGAGAGAUCUCCGCCAAGGAGGCGUUUGCAGCAGAGCUUGUCAAAGCAGUCAUCACUAGCAGAAUCCUACAAUUCUUCAGAAGAAGAUCACUUCGACAACAUGUAAGGACUAUUCUACUCAUAGCUUAGCGCACAUAUAUCAGAUGCUGAAACCUCGGACCAUUAUACUCAUAGUUUCCAAAAUUCCCCCAUGAAUUCCAAAUAUUCUCAAAGAAAAUUCCAUAACCUUGCUAUGAUAUGAAUGUAUGUAGAUGUAUAUCUUGUAACAAAUCCUAUUUUCUCUAAUCCACAACUUUUCAAGAACUUAUACAGGUUUAGAUUUUAGAAUAUGUAAAUUUAAGUUUUUUAGCAUGGAAAACCUUCCGAUAUCAAGAUGGUGUCCCUUGUCGAAUCAAAGAUUAAAUAUAAAGUUUUUAACCCUACUCUCCUAGGCGUAUGUGAGACCUCUGAGAAGCUUAGAACUUACUAAUCAUAAAAAAAAAUUGAAUAAAAAUUACAUGGUCAUAAAUAUAUAAUUGAAGGUUCUUCCAAUAUUGAAAGGCCAAUGACGCAGCGGAUAAUCUAAAUGACAAAUGCUCUGAUGAGAUAUAUUUAUAGAAAAUUUUGUUUGUAGCUGGAAUAUUUAGAUGAAUGUACCUCAAUAUUAUAACAUCGUUCCUACUAGAUGGUACAGAGUGUUCAUUACCCUGAAGCAUUAUUUUUAGAGGUCCCCUUCUUUAUGCAUUUCCAAUUGAUUGAUCUCGUUAAAUUGUUAGCAUGUACUCCUUCGAUGGAACAACGAAGACUGUUGCUUUUCUCUCUCAUAACACUUGAAUCGAAAUUUCUCAAAAAAAAAAUGUUAAUCGACUGCAUUAACUUAUCCUUAGUCCUAUUAUUAACAAGAAAUAUGAAGAAUUCUGUUAUUGACUGUAGAAUGUGUACCAGUUAUUGUGAUUUAUCUCAAUUUAGCUCACAAUGUUCUAUUGAGUGUUACCAAGUUUCCAUAAAUUAUGUUAAAUUAAUAAAUUAGUUACCAUGUCAGAAAAUUGAAUAAAAAAAACUAUGUUGAAGGUAUUUCAACCGAGCCUGAAUAUACAGAAAUUUUUUUAAUCCCACAAAAAACAUCAAUUUAGGAUCAAAAUCUAUGUGACCCAUGCAGUCAAGCCAGAAAAGAAAAAAAAUAAACUCAAU